AUGACUCAGGACAGAUCAAGGAACGUAAAAGAAGAUGAUGAAGUAUUUGUCAGCACAGUCCCACCUUCCGGGGCUGCUGAGACGUGUGAGAGGAGGGGAGGGGGUGGCGGCUGCGGCCUGUGCCCCGCCGGCCGCUGGCGGCGAGGGGGAGGCGGGCGCAGUCCACCCAAGGGUGGAGAAGGGAGCCGGCGACAGGCGCGCGUUCCCGGGCUCGUGACCGCCGCCGGCCCCGGGAACCGGCGCCCGCAGGACCUGGCGGAGAUGGCAGGCGGCGGGGACCGGCGCGUCGUGGGCACCGUCCACCUGCUGCUGCUGCUGCUGCUGCGGCUGCUCCUGGCAGCCGCCCCAGCCGCGGCAGCCCAGAGUCAGGAUCGGGACUCCUGGAUGGAGGCGAAGAAUUAUCACCAACCAGCUAUUCUGAAUUCAUCAUCUCUUCGGCAAAUUGCAGAAGGUACCAGUAUUUCUGAUAUGUGGCAACAUGACUUACGACCCUUGCUGAUAGAGCGAUACCCAGGAUCCCCAGGGAGCUAUGCUGCUCGUCAGCACAUCAUGCAGCGCCUUCAGAAACUUCAGGCUGACUGGAUUUUGGAAGUAGACACCUUCUUGAGUAGGACACCCUAUGGGUACCGGUCUUUCUCAAAUAUCAUCAGCACCCUCAAUCCCACUGCCAAACGACACCUGGUCCUCGCCUGCCACUAUGACUCCAAGUACUUUCCUCGUUGGGACAACAGGGUGUUUGUAGGAGCCACUGAUUCAGCUGUGCCGUGUGCCAUGCUGUUGGAAUUAGCUCGUGCCUUAGACAAACAACUCCUUUCCUUGAAGGAUGUCUCAGGCUCCAAGUCAGAUCUCUCACUGAAGCUAAUUUUUUUUGAUGGAGAAGAGGCUUUCCUUCACUGGUCUCCUCAGGACUCCCUGUAUGGGUCUCGGCACUUAGCUACGAAGAUGGCGUCGACCACACACCCACCUGGAGCCAGGGGCACCAACCAACUGCAUGGCAUGGAUUUAAUGGUCUUACUGGAUUUAAUUGGGGCCCGAAACCCAACAUUUCCCAAUUUUUUUCCAAACUCUGCCAGAUGGUUUGAUAGGCUUCAAAAAAUUGAACAGGAACUCCAUGAAUUAGGUUUGCUCAAGGAUCACUCUUUGGAGAGGCGGUAUUUCCAGAAUUUUGGUUAUGGAAAUAUUAUUCAAGAUGACCACAUUCCAUUUUUAAGAAAAGGUGUCCCAAUUCUGCAUCUGAUAACUUCUCCUUUCCCUGAAGUCUGGCACACUAUGGAUGACAAUGAAGAAAAUCUGGAUGAGUCAACCAUUGAUAAUUUAAACAAAAUCAUUCAAGUCUUUGUGUUGGAGUAUCUUCAUCUGUAAUAUUCUAAUUUAGUCAUAGUAAUGACUUCUAUACCAAAUUCAGAAGAUAUGACAUUAUGUAAAAUAUCUGAUUCCAGAUAAAUUCAAGGUGGACACCUUCAUCUUAUAGAUUCAUUCUGUAGGGGUCUUUGAGUACAUGAUCAGUGAAUCCUUCUACCAUAGCUUGUCCUCAAUUAUACAUUGAUUUUUAUC